AUGUCCACCCCAAACGAUCUCCAGGCCCUCCUGGCUAGCAUUCGUCCUCGUCCAUCGCCGCCAAAUGCUCCUGGCCAGGACCAUUAUCAUCAACAGCGGCCACAGCAGGGCUUCCCGCCACCAGGCAUGUUCCCGCCCCAUCCGCAGCAGCAGCCGUAUGAUGGCCAGAGCUUUCCUCACCCCUAUCCGCAUGGUUAUCACCAUCCAUCGGUGUCCUCUACCAUCCAGAGUCCUUCUCCUAUGAAUACACCCCCUCGCCAUGGCUCAGACAUCCUUAGCCCUAAUGUGCCAACUCCUCGUACCGAAUGGCAACCGCAGCAACCGCAGCCCCCCCGACAGCAGAACAACCAGGACAGCGCAGCAAGCUUGCUUAACCUCCUGAGGUUCAGCCAAGGUCCAGCUGCGGCAGUUUCUCAGCCGGUCCAAGCUGUUGCCCCCGAGCAGUCGCGUUCUCCACCCGUUUUGGAGUCUACCUCGUCGCACGGACGAAAUAUUUCCGCAUCGGACUUGGUCGCCUCUCUCUUUGGGAAACAGGCACCAGCUGCCACUGCUGCUGCACCUCCUCCUCCUCCCGCAGCUCCUGCAGGAGUUUCUCCUGCUCAGCCCGAGGGGCCGAAUGAUAACACACAGGAGAUGCUGCUUCGCCUGCUCAACCGCUCCCAGCCUAGUGCAGGGGCGGCAGAAGCUCCAGCCUUGGUUGCAGCUAGUCCAUCCAUUCCUUCAGAGGCAGCUCCUACUUCGCAGGGAAUCCAAGAUGCCUUCGUGGAAGUUUUGGAAAGCAGCCCCAAUGGGUCCGCGAAACCGGAAACGGCCGUGUCCCCUUCCAAGGAGUCUUUGUUUACCUAUGUCAAUCCUUUCGACCAAUUGGCCGCGAUUUCCCCUCGUAACAAGUCACCGCAGCCUAAGUCGGAUGCGGAGGCUCCCGUUAUCGAUGUGACUAAGAAGCAGAAGAUUCACGUCUCCGCCAGUAUUGACCCCUCUCCUGCCCCCGAAGUUGCGGAACCCCCGAAGCGAAGCAAGUCGCCUGUCUUGGAAUCCGGACAGCGUGAGGCUGUCAAUGAAGUCGUGGGCCGCCUUGUGGAUGAAAUUGGACGAUCCCUUAGCGGCGGACAACCUAAGCCCGUAAUGGAAGCUGAGACGAUUCCAACGGCCGCGAAGGAGGAAGAUCCGUCUGAGGCUGCUUUUCUCGAGACGAUCAGAGCUCGUUUGCGAGACAAGGCCGCAGAGGUCAAAGCCGCAGAAACCAAGGCCAUGGAAGCAAGCGCCGCAGCAGCCAAGGAGCCAGAGCAUCUGGAGGCAUAUACUGAAUCGGCCAAGCAAACUGAAACGGACACGGCCCCCACUCCCGUUGGACAGAGUGGCAAUGAAAACCCCGAUGCCCUGGUCGAUAGCUGGGAGAGCGCCGAGGAUAGUGCCGAAAAGGACGAGGAACGCAUUGUUCUCGUUCACAAUUUCCCUUUGAGGCCCUUUAUUUCCAUCACAGUGAAACCGCAAUCUGGAAAACUUGUGGACUUCCGCGAUGAUGGUAUUAUGGAUAUAGCCCGUCUUAAAAAGGAGUUUGACCAGCUUGACCGCUCUUUGACUGCGGCCACCUCUGACUAUAUUGCUUACGCUCUUGCAAAGACCGGGGGCAUCAGAAUUAUUCGCCAGGAUGAUGGAAGUGACCGACAGGUCUUCCGCGCUACUCGCGAUCGUGCCUUUAAUGUCGCUCUCUGCACGUCUCCACCUGGAAGUGGUUUGUCCGACGUCCAGGCCAUCCUUGGCAUUGGCGUCAGUGGCACUGUUUAUUGGGCUUUGAUCUCUCGUGACGGCAAGGAUCUCUUCGAGCUGGAUGCAUUGGAAAGCGAGAGUUUGAUCUUCCCGCCCUUCCCAGCCUCCGACGAGAAUACCUCUGGUGGUCAGCUGAAAACGCGGGCCAAGCGGAGCUCUCGUCACCCCGACCUAUUUGCCAUUGGUCGCGGGAAGAACAUCUAUGUGAUUUCUCCCCAGGCCGCCAUGAAGGCCAGCUAUGGUGUGUCUGGCUCUCAGCGCACUGUCAACACGGAGAAGUUCUUCAAGGAGCGCGCCCUGAAGAUUUCGACAGGCAAAGCCGGAAAGGACUUUGCCUUCAGUGACGACGACACCGUUAUUGCUUCAUUGGACAAAACUGGCCGUCUCCGUUUCUGGGAUAUUACCGACAUUCUAGACAACCCUGCUUUCAUCGAGGGUCCUCCCAUGUCGGAAGUUCGAGUCCCUUUGAACACAUUUGUCACUGGCUCUCCCGCCGAGAAGUCUUGGCCCACUUCUGUACUUUUCCUCGAUAAGCUUCGCGCAUAUAGCAGAUCUAUGGCUCUGCGAUAUGUCUUGGUUGGUCUCAAGCAAAACCACACCUUGCAGCUCUGGGAUAUUGGGCUGGGCAAGGCCGUGGAGGAGGUGAAGUUCCCCCAUGAGAACGAAUCGGACGCUAUCUGCAGUGUCGCGUACCAUCCUGCGUCGGGUAUCAUUGUGGUCGGUCACCCCACACGCAACUCUAUCUACUUUGUUCAUCUGUCUGCGCCCCGUUACAACCUCCCGGUUAUGUCCCAGGCUGCUUUCAUCAAGGCUGCCACCGACAAAGAGAACACUCUACCGAAGCCUGAAUCGACUGCGUGCCUCAGUGGAAUUCGGGAGAUCUCACUUGGCUCAAAGGGUCAGCUCAGAAGUUUGGAGCUUCUGCCUAUCACCAAGUCUGCUACUGACAAGCGUGGCACUGAGGAUACUGGCUUGUUCGAGUUGUACGUGAUGCACUCCCGUGGCGUCACCUGCCUGAACAUUAAGAAGGAGGACCUCGGAUGGACCGAUGACAACAAGGUUAUCCGAGCUGUGGAUGGCCUUGAGCAUGGUUCAAUCGAAAUCAGCGAUCUUCAGACCUUCCCGAGCUAUGUUACGGAUGACCCCUCCGUCAACGGUGAUUCUGCAUCAACUCCUUCCCGCACAGCGAAGGAGCCGACGAAGAAGACAGAAUUCCUUGAGUCGAAUUCUGGUGUCGUUCCAUCUCGUAACGCAUCGCCCACCAAGACUUCCAAGAAGAAGGUGAGCGAAGAGCUGGCCGAAAUUACAUCUGCACCUGGCAACAGUGAGAAAGCCGAGAAGAAGAAAAAGAAGAAAUCUUCUACCGUGACUUCCGAGGCGGCAGUGAAGGCAAAGGAGCCUACCACUACUGCAGGUGUUCAGCCUCUUCCCAUUGACAACCAACUGAAGGAUGCUGAGACCCUUGCAUCAUCAACUGCUACGAUGAGCGCAACUCAAGCCGCCGAGCGCGCAGUGCCUGCUGGUCUUGUCUCUAGUCUACCGAAUGCCGGCCUCUCUGGCGAGGCUUUGAACAAGCAUCUUGAAACCCUUCAGAACAGCGUGUCCAAUGAGUUCACCAAAAGCCUUGGCCGCGAGUUUGAGGCGCUCUAUCGUCGCUUCGACGAUGAGCGCCGCAGCUGGGAUGCCGCCUCGACCGCAAAACAAGAUCAAGUUCUUCGCCUUGUUUCUAGCACCUUGUCUGACAACGUUGAGAAGAAUUUGACCCGAAUUGUCUCCAAUAGUAUUCAGACUGAGGUCGUCCCCGCCAUUAGCGAUGCCACGUCUGCUGCAGUUCGUCAGCAACUUGGAAGCGUGCUGAACGAUGAACUGCGUCAAGCUUUACCCAAGUCUGUUACCAGUGCCUUACAGCAGCCGGCUGUCAUGAAGGCUGUCGCCGACUCGGUUGCUCAGAAACUAGCCCCACGCAUUGAUGCGGAGAUCGCUCGAGCCGUGCAGGGUCUGGUUUCUCCACUGAUGGACAAUAUGGCACGCAGUAACAAGAAGGCUGAGGCUGAUAUGGAGCAAUUCUUCCACGCCCAGGUCAAACAGCACGAAGCUCAGCGCCAGAACGACCACUCCAAGAUUGAAGAACUGUCGGCUCGUCUGCGGGAUAUGUCAGCCAGCAUGGCUUCCAUUAAUAAAGACAACGCACGCAUGGUUCAGUUCAUUGAAGAGAAGGCUGAGCUGGAUGACAUCCAGACUUUCAUGAAUAUGCAUCAGCACGAAGCAGCUUUCACAAAGUGGCUUGAAUCGGAGCGACAGGCUGAUUUGUUUGAUAAGUUCUUCGCCUACAUGGAUCCUGGUUAUUUGAAUAGACUCACUCUGCUGGUUCGCCUUUCUGUCGGCGCCGCCGUUACUUCGUCCCUCCAAACAAACGUGAACCGGCGCCUCCAGUGGCUCAGUGUUGCUUUGGACGGUGUGGAUCCUCAGAAAAUUCAGGUAUGUUUUUCUUCGAUAAUUCGGCUUGACUGUCACACUUGCUCAUAUAAAGUUCUUUUUCAGGACCCAACUCAACGCAUGUCCCUGUUGGAAAAUCGUGACAUGCGCGAAGUCGUUCCUCUGACGGCAAAUAUACUCACCCAGCGCCUCAACGCCUUGUACCGGACCUUAGCUCAGGCCAACCCGCCGCAGCAUGAUGUCAUCUCGCAUGUCGCCCAACUCAUUCGUCUUUUGCAAAAACUGCAUAGCGACUACACCCGGUAA